AGACCUACCCUCACAGCCCUGCCCCCUCCCCCCAAUUCUUCUUAGUCACUGAUCAGUUGUAACAAACAAAUAUGUAAUACCGUGUUUCAACUUCGCGAACAGAUCAAUACUGUGUCACUAGCGUUUCCCCUAAGUUCGCAUGUAAUAGAGGGUACCUUUUCAAAUACAUAUUUGUAUAUGUGACAGAUGAAUUGGUUUCUGUAACAAGAGUACCAGAUGGAUUCCGCUAAAAAAGAGAGCAACAGUGUUAAAAGAAUAUGGUUUCUUGUACCCGUUGCUGUUUUAGCAACAGGCUGGCUGUAUUUCUUGACAACUAUUGCCCCAAAACUCAAUAAUGGAAACAAGGGCAGUAUCAAACUGCAGUUUCCAAGCAGCCUGCAACAAAUGAAAGAUUUAGCACAUUUGCUGGAGCAAUAUCGAGAACAUCAUUUACUCUAUGUAAUAAUCCUCUUUAGCAGUGCAUAUCUCUACAAGCAAGCAUUCAGCAUACCAGGUUCAGCUCUUUUGAAUGUGUUAGCUGGAGCUCUGUUUGGAAGUCUUGUGGCCUUUCCAUUGUGUUGUGUUCUCACAGCAUUAGGAGCAUCAUGUUGCUAUCUCAUGUCCCGAUACUUUCUUGGUGACUUGCUGAUGCUUUACUGGAAGGACCAAGUACAGAGAUUGCAGGAAAAGGUUGCUAGCAAUUCAAAUUGUCUGCUCUACUAUCUUUUGUUCUUGCGACUCUUUCCUGUUACACCAAACUGGUUGAUAAAUCUUAUAGCACCAUUAGCUGGUGUACCGCUCACACAGUUUCUCAUUACUGUGUUUCUUGGUUUAAUGCCAUAUAAUUUUAUGUGCGUUCAAGCUGGUGAAGUUCUGUCCUCCAUCACGUCUCUCGACACACUGUUUAGUACAGAAACUUUCAUUAGACUGGGUCUGAUGGCAACUGCAUCACUGUUGCCAACAUUUGUCAUCCGCAAGCACAAAAUCCAACAAUCUUUGGACAGUUCAGUGCAGAAAAAUACACACAGCCACAAAAGCUAACAUCCAAAGUUAACUUUGGUUAAACUUGAUGAUACUAGCACUUUUUUAUUUGUUAAGUACAUAAUCUUGCAAAGAUUAAACAUGUACAUACAUUAAAGAUUUAUUUUUUUAACAUUGUUAUUUAAUAUUUGUGUGUUGUAAGGCUGAGACAAACUGAAAAGAAUGUAUAAGUAUUUUAAGUUUUCCU